UAAUGCUCCCUCCGUGAGCGUCCUCGUCUAAAUUGGUCACAGAUCUGGUAACCUUAGCUUGGUGUAAGCAGAGAUACGGAUACUACAAAGAACUAGGCCGAGUCAUCGAAGAUCUGAGAAGGCAAAGAAGAAGGGACAUGGGACGAUUUGGAAUGGAUUGCUGUUACAUAGCUACAAUUCCAUUCGUGUUUGACAGCUGACUGUGGACUGUUUUACUGCAGCUAGAUCAAAUCGUUGAUAUCUGUUAAGAACAUUUACUUUCGAGUUGGUCAGUUUAUUAGCUAUUGGGUUGAAAUUGAUUCAAUUUUUUUGAUUUGACGAGGAAAGGUUACUGUUUAAAAGAAUACAGAGCAAUGAAUUCCCUGACUUGCGAGAUAAACGGCUUCUCCAAAACUAGGCUAAAAAAGCAAAGCACGCGGGUAACCACUGUAACCGGGCGGCGGCUGAUUGAGACCUUGGGUGAGGACGGGGACGUGCAGCAGGUCGAAGAGCCAUCGGAUGCAGCCUUCGGAUUUGUUGAAGAUAGCUGCUUGGACCUGCAAGUCGGGGUCGUCCGGCCAUUUCUGUUGCUUUGUGAGACUUGUGUGUGGUGUGGAUGUGGUGCCUGUUCCGUUCACAUGGCCCAAGCCCACCUCUCAGGAUGCUGCACAUGACCUGGAUGUUCUGAGGAAGUUCAAGGUGACCCAUGUCCUGAAUGUAGCCUACGGUGUGGCCAACCCCUUCCCCCACCUCCUCCACUACAGGACCGUCACCCUGUUGGACCUCCCAGACACAGACAUCACCUCCUACUUCCCAGAAGGCUGUGCGUUCAUAGAGGAGGCCAGGGCAGAGGAAGGCGUGGUCCUGGUUCACUGUAACGCCGGAGUGUCACGCUCUUCCUCCAUGGUGAUAGGCUACCUCAUGACAAGGGAGAGGCUAGCGUUCAAUGAUGCGUUCAGCCAAGUGAAGGCUGCCAGGCCAUCUAUCUGCCCCAACCCAGGCUUCCUCCUGCAGCUGAAGAACUACAACCCCCAGGCUUCCACUAGCAGCUAAAUAACUCAAAAGGAACCAGGCUUCUGAAAGCAGCUCCAAUACCCAGGCUUUCAAGGUGAAAACUCCCAAUUCCCUAGAACAGCUGAGGAACUGAAGACAAACAUGACAUUUUCUUUUGUUUGUGUGUUUUAUAAGAAUAGUUUACUAAGUGCCAAAUAAAUUAAGAUCUAUACAAUAAAUAAAUGCUGUUCCUGA